AUGGUUCAACUCGCUAUUUCACUCACCUUUGCCCUUUUCGCCAGCGUCCUGGCACUUCCCAACCCACUUGCCCUCCCGGCAGACCCCGCGGGGGAUAAGAACGUCGGGAAUGGUCAAGGCCUUCAGUUCAUCACGGGGGCGUGCCUCAGCGAUGCCGAUUGCGCAAGUGAAUGUUGUGCGACCCUCAACGGAAGCGGCGUCUGCUCAGCAAAGGCGGCGGCCAACGAGCAAGGCAAGCAGGGAUGCGGAUUCGGCGGCAACGGCGAACAGGAAGCGGUCGUCUCUACAGAACCUGCUGGCCAGGCUACGUCAACUGCAGCAGCCCAAGCGCCUGCCAACACCGGGGUCAACAGCGAUGCCCCAGGUGCUGAGAAUGUGGGCAAGGGAAACGGCCAGCAGUUUAUCACAGGCCAGUGCCUCUCUGACGCUGACUGUGCAUCUAAAUGCUGCGCAGGAAAGGCUGGAAGCUCGAACGGUGCAUGCUCAGCUAUUGCAGUGGCGAAUGAGAAUGGAAAGACAGGCUGUGGGUUCGUCCAAGCCUAG